AUGGAGCUCAUAAAGCUCCCUGAGCCAAGCAGCCCCUCCAAGCCAUCCUCUGCCUCCUCCCACCCUGCCAUUUUGGGUUGUGUGGGUUGGCACUUGGGCUCUGCAGAAGCUCAACAGGGAAGGAGGAGCAGCUGCACUAAGCAGCACCCAGAGCAGUGCUGGGAAGUGGGGGUGGGGGUGGGAAUGAGGCCUCUGUGCCAGCCAGUAUUUGGUGCCUGGGCUGCAAAAUCCUCCAGCCUCUUCUUUCCCAUAGAACUGGCCUCUUACCUGAGCCACCGUUCACACUGCGGAGAUGUCAUUUUGUUUUUAACAGCUCUCCCUUGA